AUGACCACUGGUUGGCUGGGCACCAAGGAUUCAAAAGGACAGUGGUUAAGGUGCAGACCCGAUACUAUUGGCCAAACUACUUUGAGACAAUCUGUCGCUAUCUCUUGUCCGGUCAAGUGUGCCAACAGUUUGGCCCCCAAAAUCCACCAAUUCGGCGUACCAUCGAGGGCGUUUGUCGAUGGAGGACCUCACUUUGCAUCCGGGAUCAUUAUCACCUCAUUUCGACCCAAUUAUGGUAUCAAGCUCGAGCUCGGACCCCCUCAUCACUCUCACCGACAAGGCAAGGGAUCAAGUCAUAAUCAAGAACUUCGCAAACACCUCAAUUGGGUGCGAUUGGCGCCACACUGGUUGGGGCCAUUUCAUGCUCAUGAAGUAUUGGGAAAAAAUAUAUAUCGCUUACGAGACGGCCAUUCGACUAUGACACACCAAGUUCAUGCAGAUCAACUCAAAUUGUAUACACAUCGCCCUAAACCACAUCCCAGUUAUCAAGCGCUACAACGACCAAAACUACAAGAAAAUGAUAAUACAGUCAAGAUGGUGACUUCGCGGGCCGUGGGUGUCCCCAUCUGGAGGGUGUUGGGGGGCGUCAGAAAUCGGUUACCAGAACAUAAGCCACCACGGCAGCCUACACGAAUGAGUAUCCCUGGAGCCAGCACAGAAACUAUACUUCCCUUCUCUAACUGA